AUGUCCGAUACCAAGGUCUACCGCGCCAGCACCACUGCGCCCGUCAACAUCGCCGUUGUCAAAUACUGGGGAAAGCGCGAUGCUAAGCUCAACCUCCCUACCAACAGCUCCCUCUCCGUAACCCUCUCGCAAGCCGAUCUCCGAACCCUCACAACAGCCUCGUGCUCGAGCACCUUCACCGAUGGCGACAGCCUCACUCUCAACGGAGAGUCCUCCGACAUCUCUGGCGCCCGGACCCAAGCUUGCUUCCGCGAGCUUCGAUCCCGCCGCGCUGCUCUUGAGGCCGCCGACUCUUCGCUCCCCAAGCUGUCCACAUACCCUCUGAAGCUCGUCUCCGAGAACAACUUCCCCACUGCUGCUGGCCUCGCUUCAUCGGCUGCUGGUUUCGCUGCGCUCGUCCAGGCUAUCGCUCUUCUGUACGAGCUUCCCGACUCGCCCUCUGAUCUUUCGCUCGUCGCUAGACAAGGUUCUGGAUCUGCCUGCCGCAGUCUCUUCGGUGGAUAUGUUGCAUGGAGAAUGGGCGAGAAGGAGGAUGGAAGCGACUCCAAGGCCGACCUUGUCGCUCCCGCUUCACACUGGCCUGACAUGCGGGCUCUGAUCCUCGUUGUCAGCGCCGCCAAGAAGGGUGUCUCUUCCACCUCUGGCAUGCAGCAGACCGUCGCUACCUCUGGUCUCUUCAAGGAGAGAAUAGCAAACGUUGUCCCCGCCAACAUGACCGCCAUGGAGGAGGCCAUCAAGGACAAGGACUUCCCCAAGUUCGCCGAGGUCACCAUGCGCGACUCCAACUCUUUCCACGCCACUUGCGCCGACACCUACCCUCCCAUCUUCUACAUGAACGACGUUUCCCGCGCUGCGAUUCGUGCUGUUGAGUACAUCAACGAGAAGGCUGGCAGGACCAUUGCCGCUUAUACCUUCGACGCUGGUCCUAACUGUGUUGUCUACUACGAGGAGAAGGACGCUGAUACUGUUGUCGGCACUUUCUACCAAGCGCUCCAGGGUGUUGGCGGUUUCAAGGAGGGUGCUGCUAGUGCCAAGUCCAGCGUUGAGCUCGAGAGUGGUCUUGCUUCUACUUUGAAGGAGGGUGUGAGCAGAGUUAUUUCCACUGGUGUUGGUGAGGGUCCUAUCAAGACCAAUGAGUACCUUGUUGGAGAGGACGGCCAGGCUGUUCGACGAUAG